AUGAAGGUGAACAUCUUCUGCUGCCUGUUAGUCUGCACUCUGGGCUCUAAUGUCACUGCAGGUUUAACCCAUGAAGGACUUAAGGAGGGGACACAGGUCAGUCUGCGCUGUCCUCACUCUGUGGAGGGUAAUGUGAGGUGGAGCAGAGAGAGUGGAGGAAGCAGAGCUGACAUACUUACAGCUGAUGGAGGCGGGGUCAUAAAACACAUCAAUGAUCCACAGAAACGAUACAGUUCACUGGCUGAUCGAUCUCUGAUCACCCUCAGAGCUGCUCUCUCAGACUCUGGCAGAUACUUCUGUAACCAUGAAGCAGCUGUGGAGCUGACAGUGAUCCCAUCAGGAACUAAAAUAGUGAGUGUUGCAGAGAGGAGCAGCAUCACUCUGAACUGUUCUCAUCAUGUUGGAGGAUCAGCUGUUCCCACAUGGAGCAGAGACUCUGGAGAAAUAAAUGAAGGAAGGAUUUCUGUUUCCACUGAGGACAAAACAUUAAGUAUAAGAGAAGCUGAGCCUGCUGACUCUGGACUGUACAACUGUGAUGGAAAACCAGCUGUUUAUCUGAAUGUGACCAAAGGACAGAGAUCUGACAGAGAUAAUGAAACAACCUCAGCAACAAUAACUACAACAGUUACUCAUCAGCCAGCAGAGACAUCUGCUCCGUCAGCCAACCAUCAUCUGUUUGUCUUAGGGAUCCGAGCCCUUGCUGUCUUCGUCUGCAGCCUUGUUCCCGUCAUCAUUUGCUUUAUUUGGAGACAAAAGUCUAAAAGACGAGGGAAUGACAAACAGCUCCACGUCUAUGAUGAGACACCAGCUGGAGCAGAACUUCAUGUUAUAAAUGGUGAGACGUGAGAGUGAAGCAGCUGUGAUUGAUCUAAAGCUGAGCCCCACACUUUCAUCUUUGCUUCGGUUACACUUACAGUCUGUGUAUUAUUGCACGAUCUACUGUACAAUAUAAAGCGCCUUGAGGGGA